AUGGCUUCACGAGCUCGGACAGCCACGGCUGUUGCUUCCUCCGCGCCGCAUAUUCUCUGCCAACGACGAGGGAUGGCCACGUUUCGUCCACUCCUGGCCCAGCAAGACCAAGCGACACCACCAAAGAGAAAGUCGCGCUUCUCCGACGACGGCGGCGUGACGCUGGAGCACUUUCUCCUCCGAUCAAAGGCCUCGAAGCUCUGGCGAGACUUUCUGCGGGCGUCACGGAACAUUCCCAAUCCGCAGGCGAGGCGCGAGACAAUCGACUGGCUGAGAGACGAGCAUUUUGAGGGGAGAAGCGGGCUGCGGAGCGAGAUGGACGUCACGAGAAUACGAGAGCUACUGGUCGCAGGUGGUGCCGCUCUGAAGCGGAUUCAUGGACCCAUGGAGCUGGCCGGUGGCAUGGGGCCAGAUCCGGGGACUUACCCCAAGCUGCGCGGGCGAAGAGGCUCCUCGUGA